GUCGCGCACGCUAUUUGGAACAUUGCAGUUGCUUCUUUGUUGGGUCCGACAUGACAUCUAUCGCGUUUGGGUUGUUUCAGCAACGCGUCGGCUGCGACACCAGGAGGUUCUCAUCUGCGAUCGCUGACUCAUCAGAAGGCGUCACGGGAAACGCGCUGCCUCUGACAUCCCACCCUCUGGGGUUGCCACCAACCGCACAACAACGACGGAAGUUCAGCUUCCCGGCUUCACUACAUUCCAGUCUGCUAGGACUCACUGGAUCUGCUGGAGGUGAAACCGGAAAUGCGGUUGCUGGUUCUGCAAGACGACGUUUUAGUAAUGUCAGCGAUGCAGUGUCGCGUAAACUGUCGAAUACCAUCGGUUGGCGUACAGCGCCGAUACCAACCCAAGAGAUAAUCGAUCAAGGGAAGUCGUUAUGCGGACAGUACAUCCGUAGCCGUUUGAAGCGCUCGGGUGUUUUUAAUAGGAAAUGCGGACUUCAGAGGUUAAGGACAGCUGCUAGUUUACCGGGGGGAUACGUUGUGAGAGAUGUGUUCCCGGAGUUGGCCAGUAUAGGACAGGAGUUGGAGAGAAUGUAUCCUAAACUUUAUACCUCUGUAGCUAGGCAGGCUAGUCCGUCGCCUGGAGGCGGAAAUUUAACAUCUGAGAAAGCCGCUGGCGUCGUUCUAACCGCUGUAGCACGCGAGUUGUUCAAGGUGGACGUGACGUGGGGUAAAGUGGUUUCUUUGUUUGCUGUGGCGGGAGGUUUGGCUGUGGACUGCGUGCGACAGGGUCAUCCUGAGUAUCUGCACGACUUGCUGGAAGCCAUGGGCGAAGUGCUAGAAGAGGAAUUAGCUGCUUGGAUAGUCGGUAACGGUGGCUGGGCUGCCUUGCUGUCACAUUUCAAGCCACCCAGCACUGAAGUGUCCGUCACGGGGUUCCUGGGAGUCCUUGGCGCUGUCAUGGCAACAGUCGUCUUCCUUGUCUUCAUCGCACGCUGGUUCGGAAAGUUCGCCUUCAUCUAGCCUUGCCUUCAGACCAGCGUGAAGGAAUUUGUGUUUACAACUAGGAAUAUUCUCUGUUUUAAUUUCAGCGUUUGCAGUAUUCCAUGCGUGUUAAGAUAAGCAGGUCUUUAAGUAUUAUGUCUGGGAUCUGAGGUUUUCACGGCGGUGAAGAUCUGGAUCUUGGCUUCCUGGACUAUGAUGCAACGUAGCUUGAAAGUGUUUACCGGCCUUUCGCAUGAACUUAUCGUAUGAAUCUUCACGGUAAAGUGACGUCGGUAACUGCCUACGAAACAAUGCGGUGUCACCAGCCCAAAAGACCACAAUCCAUAUUAAUUUUGUCGUGUGGGUUUAAAUGAUUCUGUGUAUCAUGUGACCGCUUGAGGAGUGUAAUGCAUAUAAUUUAGUAUAAUGAAAGAACAAGGCAGUUAUGGCAGAAGGAACACCAAUUAUGAAGCAUAACCUCCCAAAAUGAUAACAUCAUUGAUAGAAGUAACAGUAAUUUUCAAUCGUCAGAAUGAACACCUCUGUCAGAUUCAGAAUAAAACCUCGGAACCAUGGGGUUAAGAACAUUCCGAUUAAAAUUGAAAAUGUGUUUACAGGAGUGAAUCCUUUUAGAAUUAUUUUUAUUUAUAAAAAAACAUAUUUAGAGAGUAGUAAAUUAUUUUGUUUCAGAUUCAAAAUAUAUCCCGUUCUUUAUAAUGUUAUCACAAAUCAAAGCUUUACUUGGAUCGUAUAUUUAACUUAAAAUAGCUGUCGCAUUCAACUGAAAGUCACAACUAAAUAACUGGGUCAAAUUACUGAUUUCUUUUACUGAAAUAAAUUAUGUGGUUUUAAAAUGGAAAGGCCUUCUGGUAUUCAAGUCACCGUUGUUCCAAAACACCGUUCUUUUUGGGCAACUCUUGUAUCGUACGGUGGACUAAGUUUUGCCCUCAGUUUCUUCUCAAUACAGACAAGAGGUUUCCUUCAAUGAAAUUCGGUAUAUUUCUAUUAUAUUAAUUCUUUGGUCUUUGCAAAAAUUACUACGUCCCUGAAUUCUGUACAAAGGAGGGGUCGGAAGGUGAUUGGCUUUGUAUUUGAAAACCAGCGUUCGAUUCCGCACCAAGGUCAUGUCUAUAAAAGCGUUAGAGCCCAUAGCUUCCUGUAAAAUUGGUGCUGGGGUUAAGAUGGCUCCACAAUAAAGCUGUAUUAACUGCUGUAUAGAUGCAGUGAACUUUUCCUUCAUUACCCCUGUGUGCCUUUAUGUUAUUAUACCCAUCUAUAUAGGCCUGUGUAAAUGUUACAUAAAUGAGAGAGAACUAUAUAGUGUCACUGUAUAGUUUAUAUAAUGAAAUGAAACAACAUCGCGAUUUACUCUUAACAGAUUAAGCUUGACUCACAAUGAGGGGAAAAAUUCUGACUUGAUCAAUUUCGCCAUCACUUUAAUUUAGCUACGUCAUAUUGCAGAGCCCUUCUUGAAAAUCCUGUAGUCGCUCAACUGAUCAAGACAUUUAUGUCUUGUAUAUAAUCUGAAGAUACUUUACCAGUUUCACAUAAACCCGCCCUUGGGCCAUAUUCUGAGCCAGCUGAAUCCAGUCUACAUUUCACAUCUGAACACAGUUGCACCCUUAAUUCAUAUUAAGUUAAUAUUAUGUUGCAAAUCUUAAAGUUUAUUUCAAAAUAAAUACCCAUCGAAAGACUGGAGGUAUAGCUCAACGCAUUUUUAAACUCUGUACUAGAUGGAUGUCAGCGGUCAGCUUCACGCUUCGGCCACAGUAACCCCCGGGGAAAUACUGUUCCCGUAACCAACGGAUAGGAAGAGAAGACUUCAAAAUCGGCCUGAACACUGUGGAGCA